UUCUUUUAUUUAUUAAAAACAUGGCACAUAUUCUAACCUUUGUGUCCUGCUAGCACAUUAAAGCAACAUCGUUGUCAAAUAUCAAACCUCAGCUUUUUUUAAAUAAGACAUAUUGAGCCAAAGAUGUUGACCAUCAGAAAGAAGAAACUCUCCAAUGAUCUAGGGAAGGGUCAGAGAUACAACACAACACAGAGAGAGAUUUCAAUCAAGUUUUAUGGACUUAGUUUCUCUCAUCUUUAUAUCUUCUUGAAGGCUUCUUGAUCUUUGCACAGAUCAACUUUUUCAGUAUAUAUAUAUAUAUGUUGGUUAUCUUGAGGGUUGUGUAAGAAAAUACACACAUGGCAAUGGCAUAUUCAAGAGAUGGUGAAGAGAUUAGUCCAGCUGCAAGGCUGUUUCAUUCACCAUCAUUUAACUGUUAUGUGAUUGCCAUCCUUGGUUGCAAGACAGACAUCAAUGUUCAAGUUAUUAAAGAAGGUUUAUGUCAUACUCUUCUUAAGCAUCCUAGGUUCACCAGCAAACUUGUCAAGAAAGGGAGAAAAACAAGAUGGGCACAAACAACAAUUGACUUAGACAACCACAUCAUAGUUCCACAAAUACAUUCCAAACCAGACUACCCAGAUAGAUUUGUUGAGGACUAUAUUUCCAAUUUUACCAAAACACCCCUAGACAUAUCCAAACCACUAUGGGAACUUCAUCUCCUGAACAUCAAAACCUCAACUGCAGAAUCUGUUGGAAUAUUUAGAAUCCACCAUUCACUUGGUGACGGUACGUCUCUCAUAUCACUUCUCAUCGCAGGCACUCGCAAAACCUCUGAUCCUAACGCAUUACCAACAAUCCCAACAACAAAUAAGAAAAAUGUCUCUGUCUCAAAUGCGCGCAGAUGCUCAACUCUUGUCUCGUUUUGGAUGAGUGUUUUGUCGGGGUUUAGUCUGAUUUGGAACACUAUUGUUGAUGUUUUGUUUCUUGUUUUAACCAUUUUGUUCUUUAAGGACACUCAUACUCCUUUAAAAGGCUCACAUGGGGUUGAGCUCAAUACCAAGAAAUUUGUUCAUCGUACCAUUCGUAUGGAUGACAUUAAACUCGUCAAGACCGAAAUGAAAACGACCGUCAAUGAUGUUUUGUUUGGGUUAGCACAAGCUGGUAUCACUCGCUACUUGAAUCGAGAAUAUGGUGUGGAAGAUAAAAAUGAUGGUACCGCAAUGCAGAGAAAAAGCAAAAUCCCUAAGAACAUUCGCCUCAGGGCUUCAAUUCUAGUUAACAUUAGACCUUCUCCAGGAAUUCAGGAUUUAGCAGAUAUGAUGGCUGAGAAAGGAAAAGCCAAAUGGGGUAACAAAAUGGGAUAUGUAACUUGUCCUUUUAAUAUUGCCUUACAAGAAGAUCCAUUGGAAUAUGUUCGUCAAGCUAAGGCCAUAAUUGACAGAAAAAAACACUCUUUGGAAGCUAUUUGCUCUUAUGCUUGUGCAAAAUUGGUUCUCAAUUUAUUUGGAGCUAAGGUUGCUGGUGCCAUAACAAGAAGGGUUUUAUUUCACACAACUAUAGCAUUUUCUAAUGUGGCUGGUCCAGUGGAAGAAGUUAGCUUCUAUGGACAUCCUGUUGCAUACAUUGCUCCAAGUGUAUAUGGACAUCCACAUGCACUAACCAUUCAUUUUCAAAGUUAUGCUAAUCAGAUGACAAUUUCUCUGGCAGUUGAUCCAACCAUCAUUCCAAAUCCCUACCUCUUAUGUGAUGAUUUAGAAGAAUCACUCAAACUCAUUUGUGAUAAUGUUGUUAAGAAAAGGCACAUUGCUGAAAUUAUUUAAAACUAAAGAAUUUAAUUACAGCCUCUUACAAAACUUUCACAAUAUUAUGUGUUAUUUUUUUAAUCUAGUAUCAGACAC